AUGCCGCUUACAUCGGCACACCCGGAUAUUCUCGCUGAUGAGUCCACAGGAACCAUUGGGAAGCGUCUUGCAAGCAUCAACGUCAUGAAAUUUGAGUCCAACAGACGUGCUCUCCGUGAGCUUCUCUUCACCGCUCAUGGUGCUCUCCCUUGCCUUAGCGGUGUCAUCCUCUUCGAGGAAACUCUCUACGAAAAGAGUGGAAUACGACCGCUUGAGAAACCAACUUCCGCAGCAGCAGCAUCCUCCGGGAGUGUGGAGCUCGAAUCCAUGAGAGUAGCUCCGACCAGUUUGCGAAACUCUGAUGAAGAGGACCACAUCUGGUGGAGACUUGGGACCAUACGUCGUUGCUGUAGUGGCAAGAGAGGAAGAGAUGGUCUCUUGUUUCAGACGCUGUGUUGCAAAGGGGGCAGCUAA